CUGUACCUCCGCCAUUUUUUGUUAUAGGAUCUCGAAGCAUUCUCAAUUCUCGCUUGAUGGCGCUUUCGCGGUGUCGGAAGUCGAUACGCUGCCUCGUUAAGCAAUAAAGUACUCAAUCGAGGAUGCGAAUCGACGCGUACGAGAUCGGGACGCCGCCCGUCGUCCUCAAUUCCACGGAAUCGGUCCUGGUUCUCAAUCAGGGUCGAGAUUUCCUGGAAGGUUAUCUCGCGAGGAAGCCGAAGGACACGUACGAGUCGCUCGAAGCGGAUCUUCGGAAAAAUCGACACUACUUGAAAAGGACGAAUAAUAUCCGUAGGGAUCUCCUUGUUGUGGUGCAAUGGGACAGAACUUUCACGAGAGGAAUAGUUCUCAACGCGACAGGCAGCUUCGUGGACGUUUUCCUCCUGGACUACGGAAUACGGGAGUGCUAUUCGAGACGUAAUUUAUUUGUGCUCCCCGAGAAAUUCCGGCAAGUACCAGCGUACGGAAUCCGUAUCGAGUUGGAGACUCCGACCGAGACCAACUUGAGAGAUGACUUCGUGACAAUCACGUGUCUCGAACGACUCACUGCCACAUCAGCGAAAGGUUCUCUAUCCGAGGACCGAGCGGGCGAACUUGAACCUUGCGCACCGACUUCCGAGCCGACCUCCAAUGGACAACCUCAUCUUGAAGGGAUCCCAUCCAGAGGCCCCGCUGACCCAGGAGUCAUUGUGUUUCCCGGUGACGUCCGUCUGCGCACUGGGAGUUCCUGCGAGGACGAAGAGAGAGCACGCGAGAGGCUCUCGCGAAUCGAGCUCGGUGGGACUCAUCCUCCGCCGACUAGUCGUCCCACGUCCGAAAAAGAGCCUCAGCCGAUUUUGGGGAGACCACCGAAUGAUUUGCUGCUCGAAAUGAUCGGCACUCGAUGUUUCCUUACUGAGCUUCUGGUGAUGCACGUGGUUUCGCGCACGGAGAUGGUGUGCUCUCACUAUCCAUCGCUGAGGCGUGUUCGGAGAGCUCUUGACGAAAUGAACGUUCUACCUUCGGCUAUCCCUCACGACGAUGUGAAACCCCAAAUGUUGGUGCUUGCGCUGAGUAAAGGAGCGUUGCAUAGAGGUAUCAUCGGAACCGCUCCCGCCGAAUCUGCGAAUCGGCACCGAGUUGAAUUCAUCGACUUGCCAGGGCACACCGAAGCCCCUCUGGUGUACUAUGCACCGACAGCAGUGGCACAGAGCGCUCCGCGAGCCUUGAUGAAAGUUCGACUCCGGAAAGCUGUGGCGAAGAUCGAGUCCGGAGACUUGGUUACCCUGCUUUGCGAGCGAGUCACCAACAAUACGGCUCACGGAUAUCUAGUAAGGAGGAAGAACGACCACGGGUCACCAUGCCCGGGAAUUCCAAUAUCCAAACUCUGA